AUGGACGAUGAAGACGCGUUCUUGUAUGGCGACUCUAGCGAGCCUGUGGAAGCACCAGCGCCACAGCCACGGCCAAUCACAGUAGGAGGUGGAAGUGGGGAUGAAGUACUUGACUUUGAGCUGGAUGAACCUGCGUAUGAGACUCCGCCUAGGACCGAUCACAAUCUCCCAGAGGUUAUUGCACCCCUAGUUGGACUGGGAUUGCCCCAAGAGCAAUUACAGCCACAACAACAAAUCGAAGAGGAAAACCAAGAAGAAAAUGACGACCAAGACGCCGAAGAGGAAGGCGACUCUGAGGAGGAAGAAGAUUCAGAAGAUGACAUUGAAAUCAUCACUGAGGCGCCCACUCGUUCCAUCGACUUUCGUGCUUCACGCCCCAACGGACCUGCAGUACAAGCCCCCCGCGCUCCACCAGCUCCUAUCCGUCCCGUACACCUUACAACGGAAUAUACACCUAAAGCCCGCCCGACAGAUACCGUUCCUGGAAAUGUUGGUUUGCCAUCCUCAGACUUUUCACAGCCAUCCCAGUCCACUCCCCAACCCCAACAAUCCCCCCAAUCUCUCAACCAGAUGCAACUACCCCCUCAAAAUCAGGCAGACCUCUUGCCCGAUCCGGUUCGUGCACCACCUUCCCAUCCUACAAUCGAUCCAUCGGCGCCUGGUAUGAUGGUCGUACCUGGGACACUGCAGUCUCGACCUGUGUGGGAAGUAGACUUGGAAAGCUUGAGUGCUAAGUCGUGGCGCCGGCCCGGAGCGAACAUCAGCGAUUGGUUCAACUACGGGUUCGAUGAAAUCAGCUGGGAAACGUAUUGCAUGACGCGCAAAAAGCUUGGUGAGACCGCCUCCGGGCUCAAAGCGAACGCUCUCGAGGUUGCUGGGCUCCCAGAAGACCAGUUUUUGAAUCUUCCUCCAGAAAUGCGUUCCGUCGUGCUGGGCACGGCGGCUAUGCUCCCUCUUCCAGGCCAAGGCGGCAACCCUAAGCGGAUGGGCGGCGUACCUGGAAUGGGCGGACCCGGGCCAGGUAUGGGUCCUGGCAUGGGGCCUGGAGGGAUGGGGCCAGGAGCGGGAAUGGGACCAGGCGGACCCGUCCAGGGUAUGGGAGGACCAGGUCCCAACAUGGGCGGGCCCGGGCCAAACAUGGGUGGUGGCGGCCCUGUAAUGGGCGGAAUGGGUGGUAUGGGUGGCAAAAUGCCCAUGGGAAUGGGUCCCAAUACCGGGAUGGGCAUGAUGCCUAACCAGAACAUGAUGCCUAUGAACAUGAUGAAUAUGCCACCCGAAGUAUUGAUGCAGAUGGGACAAAUGCCUGGGCAAGUGCAAUGA